AUGUCCUCUCUUUCUUCGUUGAUCGAUGCUACCCUCGGCGCCUGCUUCAUCGGCUUUGCCCUCGCGUGCGGCGUCUACGGCAUCCUCCUUUCGCAGAUUUUUAGUUAUUUUCGAAAUUAUCCUGGUGAUAGGUCGUUCUUCAAGUACAUUGUUAUAGUUAUAUUGCUUUUGGAGACAGCCGAUCAGUGCUUUAUUGGCCAUCUUAUGUAUUUCUAUAGUAUUUCCAACUACCUCAAUCCAAUGGCGUUAGCGAGGGGGACGACAACAUGGUCAUUCAUUCUGCAACUGACGGUCGGCUCGGUCGUGGGCAGCAUUGUCAAAUCAUACUUUGCUUUCCGAGUGUGGAGAUUCAGCGAACGCAACAUGUGGAUAACAAUCGGUAUCCUUCUUCUCGUCCUCGGCCACCUCGGCCUCGCGAUAGCGUACACGGUGGAAGCAUUCAAGCUGCCGAGUCUUUACGCUGUUCACGAGCUCCAGACACUGGGCACGAUCUCGCUAGGCGUCGGCGUAUGCACGGACAUCGUCAUCGCUGGGGCUCUGUGCUUCUUCCUCAACCGCCUACGAACAGGACUAAAACAAUCGGACAGUCUUGUGAAUAGCCUGAGCAUCUAUGCUAUCAACACGGGCGUGGUGACCAGCACGGUCAGCAUGACAGUGUUGAUCCUUUAUAACGCGAUGCCCACCAAUAACCUGUAUUUCGUGUCGGUCUACUUCAUCCUGAGCAAACUCUACGCUAUCUCCUUCAUGGCUACGCUCAAUACAAGAAGAUCAAUUCGCGGUCGCGGCACGGACAAGCAAGGCGUCACCACGAACAACACUAACAUGUUCCAUCUCGGGACCCGAAUGCCGAGUAUGGGUCCUAACGAUCUGGAGGAGUGGGACAAGGUCGAUCCCCCCUUCGCACUGCAACAGCAGCAAAGUCAAAACUCGCCGUGUCACUACAUGAACGGCUUCCCGCAGCUACCCAAUAAUUAUCCACCCCCCAUUAGAAAAGGAAUGGGAAUGGCGAUCUAA